AUGGCUACUGCUUCGUUACUGACAUCGAUUGUUCAUCAUGAUUCGGGUGGACUUCCUAGUGGUACAAAAAGAGCUAAAUUGAAGAGACUCUUCAGUUCCUUGAGUGGCGUUACUCCAACAUCUGAAAACCGAAGCUUGGGGUAUGAGACACCUCCUACCCUGAGUCCUGAUGAAUUCGCCGGAAUUUCGCCAACGAAGCAAGCUUUCAAGAAGAUGAGAUUCUUCUUCUCAAGGCAUUGGCAUGGGAUGGAUCAAGGAGAACCAGAUCAUUGCUAUUCAACUAACAAUGAUGAUCAGUCAGUGGGCAACUACUCGUGUUACAACAAGUAUAAGACUGACGGUCAACAAUUAGAACGUUUAUUCAACGAAGCUGUUGUCGAUAAAAGACCGCCUGUAACAAGGGACGAUGCUGUGAGGAAAAUGGCACCAUUUGAGGCUAUGGACCCCAGAUUUGCCAACAAUUGGAUGAAAAAUAUUCAGGACUUUAACAUUACAUUCAGUCCUGUUGAUACAGAACCUAGCAUUGUGAUCCCUUCAUCUUCUGAUGUUCUAAAAACGAAGAUAGCGACAGCGACAGAAAAGGGUCAGCGCGAAGGUCAGUUAUCUCCGGACAACCAUUCCAAAUCUAGUGGAGUAUACAGAGCAUUGGCAAAUCAAGCUAUUUCUUAUUGCAACUCGGGUUCAGCGACACAGAAAUCCAGUAGUUACGAAUAUGGUAAUCCUUCUGCUUUGCCAGAUCUCUUAUACGGUUUAGAGAGUCUACCAACGGUCUCAGGUAAAGAUUGUUCAACACCUCCGCAGUGCCCUUCGGUGCAAUUGAUUCAGGAUAGAGACGAUUUUGGAUUAUUGACAUCUGGAGGAAGAAGUCUAAAGAACGGAUCUAAGAUAUUCAGUGCUACCACUCAACAAUCCCCCAAAAAUGAACUGGUAGAACCAAAUAGCGGUUCCCAAAAAGUGGUCAUUCCAACGUUCAGGGAAGAAACCGGUUUGGAAGUUCAUUCUAUUGCAAGUAACUUACAAGUCGGCACAUUAACCGAAUCAGAUUUGAUUAAAUUGGCCAGCGCUAAGAGAAGAUCUUUCAUGGAUGCCAAGUUUUACGAUGAAGAAUCUGAGAUUUCUGACGAUGAACAAGAGGAACAUCAAGGAUCAAAACAUGUUCCUUGUCAUGAACCAUCGUUACAGAAUUUGAAAUCAGCAGCUAAUUGCGAUAAUGCAACUGGAAAGUCUGAAAAGAAUGACACUGUCAAGUUCAACAAGUAUUCAUAUUUAGUCAUUUAUGAUGCAUCCACGAAAUGUCUUUAUUCAGAAUCCACUGACAAAUUGACAUUGAGGAUUCCGAAUGAGAUUACUGACGCUACAGAUAAUUCAAUUUAUAUUGCAGCCGAAUCUACGCCUUAUCAAGAAUCUACAAUGCUGAAAUCUAUCUUGAAACGUAGGACUAACGAGCAAGAAGACAUAGAAGCUGAACGUGCGAAGAAAUGUGACGAAAUUGAUGCUACUGAUUUUUUACAGUUUGUUGAAAACCAUGAGAGUAAGAAAAGGAGGGGUGAACAGCUAUUAGUCCUUGCUCGUGAAAGACAAUUGCAAAAUUACUAUGACGAUCAGGCUGUUCCAACUAUCAAAAUUAGAAAGGAAAGGCCAUCUUACUCUGAUUUUGAAGAUGAGUACAACCAAAAUUUGGAAUAA